GGAGGCCGCGGCCGCCAUGUUGUUGUGGGGCUGAGGCGGCGCCGGCGGAGCCGAGCGUCCCUGACAGGCUGCGCAACAGGUUCGCGGGCGGCGGCCUUACGACCCACCGGGCGGCGGCCGAGCAGGGUCUCCCGGCGCCCGCCCGCACCCGCGCCGGGAGUGCUGAGGAGCGCGGGGUCGCGCCUGACGUGCAGACGCGGCGGGGACGCCAGAUGGAUAAGAGCUAGCAAGAAAAAUUCAGGACCAUGAUGGCUCAGUUUCCCACAGCUAUGAAUGGAGGACCGAACAUGUGGGCUAUUACCUCUGAAGAACGUACUAAGCAUGACAAACAGUUCGAUAACCUUAAGCCUUCAGGAGGUUACAUAACAGGUGAUCAAGCCCGCACUUUUUUCUUACAAUCAGGUCUGCCGGCUCCUAUUUUAGCUGAAAUAUGGGCCUUAUCAGACCUGAACAAGGAUGGGAAGAUGGACCAGCAAGAGUUCUCCAUAGCUAUGAAACUCAUCAAGCUAAAGCUUCAAGGCCAACAGUUGCCCAUGGUUCUCCCUCCCAUUAUGAAACAACCCCCUAUGUUCUCUCCAUUAAUUUCUGCUCGUUUUGGGAUGGGAAGCAUGCCCAAUUUGUCCAUUCCUCAGUCAUUGCCACCAGUUGCACCUAUAACAACACCCUUGUCUUCUGCAACUUCAGGGACCAGUCUUCCUCCCUUAAUGAUGCCUGCUCCCCUAGUGCCUUCUGUUAGUACAUCAUCAUUACCAAAUGGAACCGCCAGUCUCAUUCAGCCUUUAUCCAUUCCUUAUUCUACUUCAACAUUGCCUCAUACAUCAUCUUACAGUCUGAUGAUGGGAGGAUUUGGUGGUGCUAGUAUACAGAAGGCCCAGUCUCUGAUUGAUUUAGGAUCCAGUAGCUCAACUUCCUCAACUGCUUCACUCUCAGGGAACUCGCCCAAGACUGGGACUUCAGAGUGGGCGGUUCCUCAGCCUUCAAGAUUAAAAUACCGGCAAAAAUUUAAUAGUCUUGAUAAAAGCAUGAGUGGAUAUCUCUCAGGUUUUCAAGCUAGAAAUGCCCUUCUUCAGUCAAAUCUUUCUCAAACUCAGCUAGCCACUAUUUGGUCUCUGGCUGACAUUGAUGGUGAUGGACAGCUAAAAGCUGAAGAGUUUAUCCUUGCUAUGCACCUCACUGACAUGGCCAAAGCUGGACAACCUUUGCCACUGACUUUACCUCCUGAGCUGGUCCCUCCUUCUUUCAGAGGAGGAAAGCAAAUUGAUUCUAUUAAUGGAACUCUGCCUUCUUAUCAGAAAGUGCAGGAAGAGGAACCUCAGAAGAAAUUGCCAGUUACCUUUGAGGACAAGCGGAAAGCCAACUACGAGCGAGGGAACAUGGAACUGGAGAAGCGUCGCCAAGCCUUGAUGGAGCAGCAACAGAGGGAGGCAGAACGUAAAGCCCAGAAAGAAAAGGAGGAGUGGGAACGAAAGCAGAGAGAAUUACAAGAACAAGAAUGGAAGAAACAACUUGAAUUAGAAAAGCGCUUGGAGAAACAGAGGGAAUUGGAGAGACAACGGGAGGAAGAAAGGAGAAAAGAGAUAGAAAGAAGAGAGGCAGCAAAACAGGAACUUGAACGACAACGUCGUUUAGAGUGGGAGAGAAUUCGUCGACAGGAGCUUCUCAAUCAAAAGAAUAGAGAACAGGAAGAAAUUGUCAGGUUAAACUCUAAAAAGAAGAGUCUUCAUCUUGAGUUGGAAGCACUGAAUGGCAAACAUCAGCAGAUUUCAGGCAGACUUCAAGAUGUCCGACUCAGGAAGCAAACACAAAAAACUGAGCUGGAAGUUCUAGAUAAGCAGUGUGACCUGGAAAUAAUGGAAAUCAAGCAGCUUCAACAGGAACUUCAGGAAUAUCAAAAUAAACUUAUCUAUCUGGUACCUGAGAAGCAAUUAUUAAAUGAAAGAAUUAAAAACAUGCAGCUCAAUAACACACCUGAUUCAGGGAUCAGUUUACUUCAUAAAAAAUCUUUAGAAAAGGAAGAAUUAUGCCAAAGACUUAAAGAACAAUUAGAUGCUCUUGAAAAAGAAACUGCAUCUAAACUUUCAGAAAUGGAUUCAUUUAAUAAUCAAUUGAAGGAACUGAGAGAAAGCUACAAUACACAGCAGUUAGCCCUUGAACAACUUCAUAAGAUCAAACAUGACAAAUUGAAGGAAAUUGAAAGAAAAAGAUUAGAGCUAAUACAAAAAAAGAAACUAGAAGAUGAGGCUGCAAGGAAAGCAAAGCAAGGAAAAGAAAACUUAUGGAGGGAAAGUCUUAGAAAGGAGGAAGAAGAAAAACAAAAACGACUUCAGGAAGAAAAAACACAAGAAAAAAUUCAAGAAGAUGAACGAAAAGCUAAGGAGAAACAAUGUGAGACAGCUAGUGCUAUGGUGAAUUAUAAAGCAUUAUACCCCUUUGAAGCAAGGAACCAUGAUGAGAUGAGUUUUAAUUCUGGGGAUAUAAUUCAGGUUGAUGAAAAAACUGUAGGAGAACCUGGUUGGCUUUAUGGUAGUUUUAAAGGAAAUUUUGGCUGGUUCCCCUGCAAUUAUGUAGAAAAAAUGCCAUCAAGUGAAAAACCUGUAUCUCCUAAGAAGGCCUUACUUCCUCCUACAGUAUCUUUAUCUGCUACCUCAACUUCUUCUGAACCACUUUCUUCUCAACCGGCAUCAGUAGCUGAUUAUCAAAAUGUAUCUUUUUCAAACCUAACUGUUAAUUCAUCAUGGCAGAAAAAAUCAGCUUUUACUCGCACUGUGUCCCCUGGGUCCAUAUCACCUAUUCAUGGACAGGGACAGGUUGUAGAAAACCUAAAAGCACAGGCACUUUGUUCCUGGACUGCAAAGAAAGAUAAUCACUUGAAUUUCUCAAAACAUGAUGUUAUUACGGUCUUGGAACAGCAAGAAAACUGGUGGUUUGGGGAGGUGCAUGGAGGAAGAGGAUGGUUUCCAAAAUCUUAUGUCAAGAUCAUUCCUGGAAGUGAAAUAAAGCGAGAAGAGCCAGAAGCUUUAUAUGCAGCUGUAAAUAAGAAAGCUACCUCCACAGCCUAUCCAGUUGGAGAAGAAUAUAUUGCACUUUAUUCAUAUUCAAGUGUAGAACCAGGAGAUUUGACUUUCACUGAAGGUGAAGAAAUACUGGUGACCCAGAAAGAUGGAGAGUGGUGGACAGGAAGUAUUGGAGAUAGAACUGGAAUUUUUCCAUCAAACUAUGUCAAACCAAAAGAUCAAGAGAAUUUUGGGAGUGCUGGAAAAUCUGGAACAUCAAACAAAAAACCUGAGAUUGCUCAAGUAACUUCAGCUUAUGUUGCUUCUGGUGCUGAACAGCUUAGCCUUGCACCAGGGCAGUUAAUAUUAAUUUUGAAAAAAAAUGCAAGUGGAUGGUGGCAAGGGGAGUUACAGGCCAGAGGAAAAAAGCGUCAGAAGGGAUGGUUUCCUGCCAGCCAUGUUAAACUUUUGGGUCCAAGCAGUGAAAGAACCACACCUGCCUUUCAUGCUGUAUGUCAGGUGAUUGCCAUGUAUGACUAUGUUGCAAAUAAUGAAGACGAGCUCAACUUCUCCAAGGGACAGCUUAUCAAUGUUAUGAACAAAGACGAUCCAGACUGGUGGCAAGGAGAAGCCAAUGGAGUGACUGGUCUCUUUCCUUCAAACUACGUUAAGAUGACGACAGACUCAGAUCCAAGUCAGCAGUGACCCAAUGUUGUCUUCCAGUUGUGAAAGCACCCCAGAGACCCACUAUCCAAGUUUGACUCUAGCGUGGAGUCAGGGCAGGUAGCCCUGAUAAAAUAUCUCCUACACAAUUCAUUUACUUCGUUCGAAUGUUAGAGCCACUUGUGAUUAUUUCUUUGUGUUUCUGAUUUAUAGUUAAAAUUUAUUUGUAACAAGUUCAAGGAUAGUGGGUCUUUGUGUGGCUUUCCCUGCUGUUCACUCUGGCAUCCUUUAGCAUUUUUCUUCUUUUUUAAUUUGGCAAUUUUAGGUCAUUAGCAUGCAUAUUGAGUUUGCCCUUACAUGGUGGGAGUUCAAACACACAAAGACCCACUAUUUGCACAAACUAUUCUCUCUGGUUUGGAAUGGGCUGCCAUGCUUUUCUAGUAUUAUUGCAACAUGUAUGAUCAUUACAGAAUUGAGGUAAAGUUUUCUUAUGUUCCACUAUUAUGUUUGAUCUAAUCCUAAACACAAUGAGCCCUUAACUGGCUCACUCGGUGAUCUGCCCUGAAAUAUGUACUGUAUAUUACUUUCUAAUAUGCCACUAUAUGAGUGUCGAUAUUUAGAUUGUUGAAAGGCCAAGAACUGGAAAUAACCUUUUCUCUAUUUUUUUGUGUAAUUGGAGUGGGAGCAAUUACAUUUAGGUGGAGCUUUUCUUAUCUCACAGAAGAGGAAAGUGGCCUGCUCUGGUGGCUGUGUGCUCAGUGGGCUGUGUAUGUUUAGUAUGCUUCAACUGCCCAAGAAUAAGCACUGUACUUUGGUAGUUCCUAUAGGAUCUUUGUGUGCUCUGGGCUGAUGAAGAUACUGUAUCAUGAGCAUUUAGUUUUUACUUCUUUAUUGAUAAUCUAAAAUUUGAUUAUUUUUCAGAAAUGAAAGAUUCCCACCAUUGACUGUGAGACAUGAAACCCUCCCUAACUUAAAUAUCUCUAAUAUUUUUUAAAGUCAAAAUUCACAUUAUCUAUUUUAAUUAGGUGACUGCAUGUCCCAGAACACAAAAGGACACUAGUUGGCACUCUAAAAUGUAUUUAGUAAGGAUCAUAAGGAAUCCUUAAAGAGUGUAAAUUUCCCCGAAGCAGGCAUACAGGCUCUAAUCAAGGACUCAGUGAAGGAAGGAUGUUUAAGAGCUGGCAUUCCUCUAUGUUUGUGAAGCUUCUUUGAGGCUAGGAAAUUGAUUUUACCAUCCCAGCUUCUCUGGAGGGGAUCUGUUGUUCAACUACAUUGACUGCUUUGGCGUAGGAUCCUUGAGUGGAAACACUUUUAAAGUAAUAGACAUUAUUAUGAACUAGUAGAUGUGAGAGUACUUAGCUGAAACAAAAAGGAGUUUUAAUAGACAGUAUUAUACUAUAUUUGAAAAUCAAUGAGAGUUUAUGCAAUUUUAAGUGUUUACAAACUGCAGUGCAAUCUGUUCAUGAAUGUCUAAGUAUUAUCAGGAAAAAUGUACAUAUAAUCAGUCUUAUUUGCUCACAGAGUUCUUUAAGAAAAUCGAAAUGUUUUUAUACCUCCCAGUUUAAGUUAGAAGUAUAUUUUGAGUAAUAUUUAUGUUAAUGUGCCUAUACAUUAUGAAUGAAUUAUUUUAGUCAUAAAUUUUUUAAAUCAUAACUUUACAGCACGAGAAAGAAUCAGUAGUUUAGUUAAAGCCUCACAAAGUUCAAAUGUCUGUGUUCCCAGAUAUUUCACAUUUUUGGAGUAUAGAGAGAUGUAUGUGUGCUCCCUGAGAUGGGGAGCACACAUGUUUGGCAUUUGCCAUCAUCACCAUAUUUUAUAAAUAGGACAUUAAUAGGGAAGCAAUAAUAAUAUCAUUUUACAGGUAGAAUAAUAUAUUUGCCUGCAGUCACUAAAAAGAGACAGUGAAAAGACUGAGUCCUUGUGAAUUCAGCUGACUUUUCCAAAUUAUAUGGAUUACCUGGUCUUGCCUUUUACCUUCUGAACUUUCUAGUUUUGUACUCUUGAGUUAAGUUUAAGGACAGUUACUUUAAAUACUGACAAUAAAAAUCAGACCACUGUUAAUUAACCACAUUAGUUGCUCUAACAGUUUUUCCUUGUAAUUUUGAAUAGGGCUUAUCUGAUAUACUGAUAAGUUAUUUCAAAGGUAUUUCUGUAUCUCAAAUCACUUCACUUUUACACUGAUAAAUAUAGAUUAUUAGGACAUUCAGGUGCAGCUUAACAUCUAUAAUCAGUCUUCAAAUAAUGUGUUCAUCGGGUACGUAUGGAUUAAAUCACAUAGUGUUGAUGAAUGUCAGUCUGGAAAAACACUUAACUGUACUAACUGAAAUACCAUUCUUUGUGUAGUUACUUUGUCAUAUAUUUUUGAGAGAAAGCUAAAAAGAAAGGAAAUUAUAUGACAUAUAUAGUAAUAUAUGAGACUUAUUUAAAAGUGCAUGCAAUCCUUUGCAAUACCUCAUUCAGUCGUGUAUUUGUUCUCUUCUUCAUUCACUAUAAGGCAGCCUUCAAUUUGCUUAGAAGGAAAGAGGUUAUUAGAAACACAGAGUUUUUAAAUGGGAGUACAACUGAAUAAAUUUGAACCCUGUAGGAGGAAAAGAAAAAAAUACCUGUUUAUAUAUUUUAGUAUGUGAUUAAUUACAUAUGUAAUUAAACUUGACCAGUUUUCCAGCCAUGAAAAAUCAGUUCUAAAACUAAAGCUGAUUUUGAAAAAAAUUUAAAAUUAAAAUUAACCCUAUUCAUUAUAUAGUUUCUCCAAAACUUUGAGUCCUUUUGAAAUAAUCCAACUAUUUUAAAAAGUGUAAUUGCUAUUUUCAUGUUUUAAAAUGCACUAUGAAUACUGUAGUUUAAAAGAAAGAAUGUGGGAAAGGAAAAGUAGAGAAAGAAAUGCUAGUUCCAGUCCAAAGCUUUAUUUGCCAAGUUUUCUUAGAAUGAAUUUACCAAGUUAUGAAUUCUUGUAAAUAAAAUCUAUAAUGGAAAUAUUGAGAGACUUUUGCCUAAAGUGGCAUUAUUUGAUGCUACUGUGAUGCUACUGUAAUGUAAUAAAUUAUUAAAUUGUUGCAAAGUGCUGUUUUUGCCUUAAAUUUUUAUUUUGUGUGUCUUGAAAACUAUAGUAUUAAAGGUAUUGAGAUUGUGCAAAUGCUGGGCACGCUUGGCAUGAGAUAAUCUGUUAUUUUUACAAAAUUGUAAUAUAACUAUGCAAGUGUGUUUAUUAAAAGGACACAAACUACA